AUGGGAUAUCAAGACGAUGUCCGUAAGGGAAUUCAAGGACCUCAACAAGAUCGAGCUUUCAAGGACCUCAACAAGAUCGAGCUGUAUGAUCUCUUUGCCGAUCUGAAGACCUAUGAGUUUGAGAUAAACUCAAAGAAUGAAGAGGAGUCGUCCACCUCCAUCAUAACACAAGCACUAGUGACUGUUGAAGAGACACCUGCUGUGAUAGCUGCGAAGUCUGUUGAACAGAUCAGCGACGAUGAUAUAUCACUAUUUGUCAAGAAGUUUGGUAAAUUCAUGAGGAAGAAUCAUUUUAACUCUAAUUCAAACAGAAACAAUUAUAAAAAUGAUUAUAAUGCUAAUUUAAGAUGUUUUAAUUAUGACAAACCAAGUCACUUCAAGGCUGAUUGUAGAAAUCCCAAAAAGGAUGACAAGAAGCCUUUAAAGAAGAAGAACAAGAAGGAAUAUAAAGCUCUGCUGGCUAAGGAAAGUAAGAGCAAAUGGGCUGAAAUCCACUCCGAUGAAAGCUCCUCAAGUGAAAGUGAGGAUGAAAUCGUCAAAUGCUUCAUGGAAGACAACAUCGAGGUAUUUAAUUUCACCUUUAACGAAUUCACAAGAGAUGAUCUAACUACUACACUUAAUGACAUGAUCAUUGAGUAUAAGAAAUUGUAA